AUGGAAGAUCAAAACUUCGAAACAGUCCCUUCCUACUAUCGUCAUUCAAUCACUGGUUUGGGUCCAGUCAGUCCGAACGAUCAACGUAAUAUAUAUGCCUUGUUGAACGGGAGCAAUUUCAAUGGCCCAGAUCGCCUAGGGUUCCGAUUUGCAUCAGUCAAAUUGAAACGGAAACGUCCGGAAUCGGAUCAACUGAGUGGGACAGAAAAUCGCUGUGAAACGGAAUCCCUACUGUCCCCGGGACUGCGAUUUCAUCAGUCACGAGUGAACAAGGUGGAUCGGACCGGGUCGUUUCACUGGGCGCCAGAUAUGCCCUAUUCGAAAGCCACAUUAACCCCGAGUCAAGCGGGUGAAUUCAAAUUUACCAAUCACAUUCUGGUCUGUGUUGUGGGCACCCCGACCAACGGACCGUUGAAUUUGGAAAAUUUUAUCAUGCCACUUCGAUUUCAUUGGAAGGAGAUUUUGGAUAUUGUGAUUUUGGGAAACAGUCAGCUGAUUGGACAACAAGAAUGGGACAAACUGAAAAAUUUCCCCCGGAUUUUUAUUGUUAACGGCGACCCAUGCAGCUUCACCGAUCUCUAUGCAGUUCAGUUGUCUCAGUGCAAUGCUUGCGUAAUACUGGGCGACACCAAUGAGGAACUGGACUCACAGAAUGUGGACAUUUGUUUACAAGACAGAAAAACACUUCUCUGUGCCAUGAACAUCCGGUCCCUGUUACAACGCGAACAUCAUCUAGUUCAUUUGACCACGGAAUUGCGUUACGAGAGGAAUGCUCACUUGUUCAGUUCAGUGGAUACACACGAGAACGAUUACAAAUUGCCCGUCUGGUUCAACGAGCCGUUUGCCCGAGGAUUCAUAUUUAGUAACUCUUUGUUGUACAGUUGUUUGAGUUCAUUUUUCUACAACGAGGACGUGUUUCACUUUCUGCGUGUCCUCAUCUCCGGGCAGGCCACGGAUGAACUGGAAACCUCAUUCGCAGUUGGUGCUGGGUUGCAAGAGGGACUUCCGGAUCAGACACAUCGAAUGCCCGGGGUGAAUGUGACACUGUGUGGUUUCGAUGAGCCCCCGUUCUGCUUCAUGGCAAACGAGCAACGAAGGAUCCUGUGUUUGGGCUUGUAUCGAAUGGAAAAUCGAGGAUUCCGAUACGUGCUAGCCAAUCCGCAACCAAAAACUUUACUCUACUCUACUGACAUGUUCUAUUGCUUCAUGCCAAUCGCGAAAAAUGACAAACCAGACAUAUUCCCAUUUGGAAAUCCUCCAAAAAUCGUCCUGGGGCCUCCCAAAUGA